CCAACGCCUCGGGGCCCCACCUCUUCCCAAGACAUGCUAUAAAAAUCUCCUGCCAGCUGGGAGCCGUUUUUCUUCAGCCAAUCUCGACCCAGUAGUGCUGUCACAGUGCAGAGACGAGAUCGCAGGCACCAUGAACUUCAUGCCGGCACCCGGUUAUAUGCCAACGUACAACCCGCCGCUGCCUUAUUCCAAACCGGUGCCAGGUGGGCUCUAUCCAGGAAUGUCUGUAUAUGUGCAAGGGACCAUACCGCAUCAUACCAAGAGGUUCCGUGUGAACUUUGCCUGUGGAGCCCAGGAUGGGGCCGACAUCGCCCUGCACUUCAACCCCCGCUUUGAUGGCAAAGACCAGGUCGUCCUCAACACCUUCGAGGGGGGCAAGUGGCGCAAGGAGGAGCACCACAAGAUGCCCCUGAACAAGGGCCAGCAGUUUGAGAUCGUCUUCCUGGUGCAGGGUGACCGAUACCAGGUCAUGGUGAACAGGGGCCACUUCUGCGACUUCAAGCACCGGAUCCCGCCGGAGCGGGUGCAGGUGGUGGACACGGACGGCGAUCUGGAGCUGCAGUCCAUGACGGUGCUGGGAGGAGGAGGCAUGUUGAUGGGCGGCGGGGGCAUGCAAGCCCCUGCUUAUCCUCAGAUGGGGAUGCCGGGCCUGGGUUCUGGGUACCCACCUUCAAACCUCCCCAUGAUGUCUGCUCCAACUUCCUACCACCCACAAGUGCCCCAUGUGGGGAACCUCUCCGGAGGGCUGGGCGCCAAGAGCACCAUUGUGGUGAGAGGAUUCAUCCCGCAAGAUGCGAAAAGCUUCCGGAUCAACUUUAAGGCAGGCCCCAGUGACAUCGCCCUGCACAUUAACCCCCGCAUCAACGAGCGCACCGUGGUACGCAACAGCUUCCUGAAUGGCCAGUGGGGCAAGGAAGAGCGGGAGCUCUCUUACAACCCCUUCCAGCCCGGAAGGUACUUCGACCUCUCCAUCCGAUGUGGCAAUGAGAAGUUCAAGGUCUUUGCCGACGGGCAGCCCCUCUUCAACUUCAAGCACCGUUACCGCCACUUCCAGAACAUCAACACCAUUGACAUUGACGGAGACGUGGUGCUGUCUUACAUCCAGUACUGACCCUGGAGGUGAGGCCGGGAGGGAGAUGCUGCCCCCGCUCUUCCCACUGGGCCUUGGGCCUGCCUUGGCUUGUGGGCGAAAUGGAAUCAAAACGGCAGCUUCAAUAAAUCAUUUUAUU